AUGAAGCGAAAAAUAAGCGACGAUGCAACUCAUGCGCUUGCAGAUGGUGGGCAAGCUGAGCUCUCAAAAUUUAAUCCAGCUCAGCAGCAACGAGCCGAAGAGCGCAACACUGGAGAGACAAAGCGCGAAGAACGCCACCCUAUUUGGUGA